AUUUCCUCAUUCAGCUUUUCUAGAAUGAUUUCAGAGGAUAAUCACAAGUUGAUUGUAUUUACUAUUCUAAGAGGCCCGUGCUUCCUCUCAAUUUAAAUUUGUUUUUGUUUCUAGUAUUACCAGCGCCUUAAUGACCUAGUGGCGGCACCGGCACCGAUUCCACCCCUCCUGGUGUCUGGAGGACCAGGUUCUGGAAAGUCCCUUCUUUUAUCAAAGUGGAUUCAAUUACAACAGAAGAAUUCCCCUAACACGCUAAUUCUUUCUCAUUUUGUGGGGAGGCCCAUGUCAACCAGCUCAGAGUCUUCCUUGAUUAUUAAACGACUUACUCUGAAGUUGAUGCAGCACUCUUGGUCAGUAUCUGCUCUGACACUGGAUCCUGCUAAGCUUUUAGAAGAAUUUCCACGUUGGCUAGAAAAACUCUCUGCCCGUCAUCAAGGCAGCAUCAUCAUCAUUAUUGAUUCUAUAGACCAAGUCCAGCAAGUUGAAAAACACAUGAAAUGGCUGAUAGAUCCACUGCCAGUGAAUGUAAGAGUAAUUGUUUCUGUGAAGGUAGAAACAUGCCCUCCAGCAUGGAGGUUAUGGCCAACACUUCAUCUUGAUCCUUUACACCCGAAAGAUGCAAAAUCUAUCAUAAUUGCCGAAUGCCACUCUGUAGACAUUAAAUUGAGUAAAGAGCAGACUGCUUCCUCACCCUGUGACACGGAGAGCUGAUUAUGACAAUCCCUUGGGCCACUCAGAUUCCGUUUAUUCUAACAGUGAUACUAACAUCCUGUGAGAAUGUGAUUCAUGACUGAAGAUUGAUAGCCUGUGAAUUAGCAGAAUUGGUCAAAUAUAUUUGUGUAAUUUUCAUCAGACUAACUUUUACCCUACUGGGGGUUGCCAAAGAAGGCCACUUUUGCCUUCAUUUGGGGCCCACCCCUGAGUGCUCAUUGUCACCUGCCUGAGGUUCCUAGCUUUGCAAACAUGAGGAGUCAACUGAUGCCUAAAAAUGUUAUUUCCAGUGUCCUUGAAUAUCAGUAGUGCUGGGAGAGCAGGCAAUUUAGAUAAAGUCAUUCAUCAGUGUUUCCAGUGUCAAGAUACUGUUUCGUUAUAUAGACUUGUUCUGC